AGGCGGCGCGUGAGUCGGGGCAUCUCCCGCGUGGGGCGGCGGCAUGGAGCGCGUCCGCGGCCCCCGGAGCGCGCGCCGGGCGCUGGGCCGCCUGCUGGAGGCGGUGCUGGCGAGCCGCGCGGAGGCCAACGCCGUGUUCGACAUCCUGGCGGUGCUGCAGUCGGAGGACCCGGAGGAGAUCCAGGAUGCGGUGCGCGCCUGCAGCCGCCUGUUCGGAGCCUUGCUGGAGCGGGGGGAGCUGUUCGUGGGCCAGCUGCCCCCGGAGGAGACCGUCAUGGCAGGGUCCCAGGGGGCCACGCGGAAGUACAAGGUGUGGAUGCGGCACCGUUACCAGAGCUGCUGCAACCGCCUGGCCGAGCUCCUGGCCCAUCCCUCCUUCCAGGUCAAGGAGCUGGCCCUCAGUACCCUCAUGAAGUUCGUGCAGCUGGAAGGGGCGCACCCCCUGGAGAAGCCCAAGUGGGAGGGAAGUUACCUGUUUCCCCGCCAGCUCUUCAAGGCAGUGGUGGACGGCCUGCUGUCCCUGGAGGAGGACUGCUCGCUGCUCCUCUCCCAGUUCUGCCAGUACCUGGAGCAUGAUGACGUGCGCUACCACGCGAUGCAGGCGGCCGCAGACACCGUGGCCAGGGUCGCCAACGCACACCCCGAGGUGCCCCUCACCUUCUGGAACAACGUGUUCACGCUGCUGUCCGCCGUGAGCCUGCCCCGCCAGGAGAGCGACAUCGCUAACUUCUACGUGCAGCACGCGGAGCUGUCGGACAAGUGGAAGGUCACUCAUCUGAAGGAGCAUAGGAAAGCCUUCCAGCUGAUGUGGCUCGGCUUCCUCAAGCACAAGCUGCCCCUCAGCCUCUACAAGAAGGUGCUGGUGAUCAUGCAUGAGUCCAUCCUGCCCCACCUGGCCCAGCCCAGCCUCAUGAUUGACUUCCUCACCCGCGCCUACGACAUCGGGGGCGCCAUCAGCCUCCUCGCCUUGAAUGGACUUUUUAUCCUGAUUCAUGAGCACAACCUGGAGUACCCCGAUUUCUACCGCAAGCUCUACGGCCUCCUGGACCCGUCCGUCUUCCACGUCAAGUACCGGGCGCGCUUCUUCCAUCUGGCCGACCUCUUCCUGUCGUCCUCGUCUCACGCCCGCUUUUCCUUCCAGCCCAUCUGCCCGCCCUACCUGGGGGCUGCCUUCGCCAAGCGCCUGGCCCGCCUGGCCCUGACGGCACCGCCCGAGGCCCUGCUCAUGGCCCUGCCUUUCAUCUGCAAACCUGCUGCGCCGACAACCCGGCCUGGCCGAGUCCUCGGGCACCGGCCGCGGGGCCCUGAGCUGGACGCCGACCCCUACGACCCUGACGAGGAGGACCCAGCCCAGAGCCGAGCCCUGGAGAGCUCCCUGUGGGAGCUGCAGGCGCUCCAGCGGCAUUACCACCCCGAGGUGUCCAAGGCCGCCAGCGUCAUCAACCAGGCGCUGUCUGUGCCCGAGGCCAGCAUCGCGCCCCUCCUGGAGCUCACCGCCUUCGAGAUCUUCGAGCGAGACCUGAAGAAGAAGGGGCCCGAGGCAGUGCCGCUGGAGUUCAUCCCCGCGCAGGGCCUGCUGGGUCGGCGUGAGGACCUCUGCGCCCAGCACUUCACACUCAGCUGACCCUGGGCCCCCCUCCCCCCGACAAGUGGUUUUGUAGGAGCGACUC